ACUAACAUUUCAAUUUUCCGUUUAGCAUAAUUAUACACAAUCGCCGUCCUAAAUUCUCCGACGAGUUAAAGCCGCCGUUAACCUUCUUUCUCCGCCGCCGGGGAAAAUGGCCGGAAAAUCCACCGCCGAUCUCCAUUAUAACCACACUCGUCUUGUUCUCAAAUACGCCGUCAUUUCAAGGCUCGUCUUAAUCUCCCUAAUAGUUCUAUGGAGAUCACUGCUCAGCCCUUACGAUACCUCCGCUUCUAUAAACCCUAGCUGCCUCUCCAACACCACGUCCAUUAUCGGUUUGUUUUCCGGUUCAAAUUCUUACUUGAAAUCCGACUCGCCGCCGGUUCUCCUCCCGCGAUUGGCAUCGGUGAUCGAGGAUAGCAUUGUUUGGGAUAGUGUGUACUUUGUACGAAUUGCGCAGUGUGGAUAUGAGUAUGAACAGAACUACGCCUUUUUUCCUCUGAUUCCGAUUUGCAUCUCUUUGCUUUCACGAACCGUGUUUGCCCCAUUGAUACCUUUUAUUGGACAGAGAGCUGUUCUCGGAUUAUCUGGUUAUGUGCUCAAUAACUUUGCAUUUGUUUUGGCUUCUUUUUAUCUUUACAGGCUCUCAGCUAUUAUCUUGAAGGAUUCCGAGGUGGCAUUCAGAGCUACAAUAUUGUUUUGCCUUAAUCCCGCCUCCAUCUUCUACUCAUCAAUAUAUACUGAGAGUAUGUAUGCUUUGUGUUCCAUUGGAGGAUUGUAUUAUCUCAUGAGGGGUUCAAAUAACAUUGCAACACUUUGUCUUGCUCUCACUGGAUUUGCAAGGUCGAACGGAGUGCUUAUUGCUGGCUAUAUUUGUUUCCAGACAAUGCAUAGGUCCUAUAAAGCAGCUUUUGUUAGAAAAAAUGCUGGUGGGACCUUGCUAGUUCUUCUUUCUGGGGCUUUGCGUAGCCUAUUUAUCAUUUCCCCAUUUAUUGCUUUUCAAGCAUAUGGUUACUACAAUAUGUGUGGGAGAGGCACUUCAGAUGAAAUGAGGCCUUGGUGCAAGGCAAGACUUCCUUUACUCUACAACUAUAUUCAAAGUCGUUAUUGGGGAGUGGGUUUCUUAAAGUAUUUUCAAGUAAAACAAAUUCCAAACUUUGUUCUUGCAUCUCCAAUAUUAUCUCUUGCACUCUGCACAAUCAUACAUUAUGUGAAGCUAUGGCCUGAGGUUUUUGUCUCACUUGGUUUUCGGGAAUCCUCUCCAAAUAAAGAAAGUGCUACUUCAUCCAUGCCUCUUGGGAGAAGUGCAGGAUCCAAGAGUGUUGGCUUUCCAUCGGAAAACAGAUCUGAUGCCGGGCAAGGUGACUUUCUUAGACGGCGAAAACCAGCUGUGAGAGAAGAGAACUAUGUGGUACAGCCAUCAGAGGAUGAAGCAUCAGAGAAUCCAGGAUUGAAACCAAUUAUUCUUGUUCCCUUCAUUCUACACCUUGUGUUCAUGGUUGCAACGGCUUUUUUUGUCAUGCACGUACAGGUUUCAACACGAUUCUUAUCUGCCAGCCCUCCUCUCUACUGGUUUGGCUCAUAUGUCAUGACAUCUCCUCAUCUCAGCAAGAGAUGGGGAUACAUUAUUUGGACAUAUUGUGCAGCUUACAUCUUGCUCGGCAGUUUGCUCUUCUCUAAUUUUUACCCCUUCACCUGAGACGCGUGGUAAGUUAAAGCUGAACUUUCUUUUUGUCUGAUUCACCAUAAUCUCCUCCUUUUUUGAAGUAUCAUAUCCGAUGGCUACCUCGCAGCAGCAUCAGCUAUUCCAGUUUUGACGAUAAACGUAGAGUAGAGGUGUGGAUACUGGUUGAACAGUUUGCUUUCUUCGCAUUCAAACCUUGAAACUCUCCGCUUUGACAUAAUGUUCUGAUUU